CUGACCCCUGUUGGUCACUCACAGGAAUUCAUAUUUUCCAAUGGACCCGUUCAGCUGAGGUCAGUGAUGACGGCUCCAUGAAGAGAUGGAUGAGUUUUGGAUUUGAUGGAAAGGAUUACAUUAGUUUAGAACCAGACAGAAUGAGGUGGGUUGCAGCAAAUCACUUUGCAGUGCAAACGAAAGAGAAAUGGGAUUCGGAUCAAGCCUGGAACAACUACUGGGAAUCAUAUCUGCAAGAAAGUUACAUUGAAUAUUUGAAUAAGUAUUUGCAAGCAGGAAAGGAAUAUUUCUCAAGGAAAGUUCAGCCUGAAGUGUUCAUCUCCAGGAGGGAGCCCAAUGGUCAGGACAAGCCACUCACUCUCUCCUGCCUGGUCACUGGGUUUGAUCCUGUAGACAUCGAGGUGACCUGGCUACGGAAUGGAGAGGUCAUGUCUGAGACCCAAUCCUCGGGGUUCUACCGAACCAUUAUGGGACCCAUCAGAUCCAGAAAGAGAUUGAGAUCAAUGCUGGGGAUGAGGAUCAAUACUCCUGUCAAAUUGAACACAGCAGCCUGGCAGAGGCCCAGCUCUAUCAGUGGGGUUCACCAAGUGGGACCUACACAACAGCUCCCACUUCUGAUGUUGCUGUUCCAGCUUCUUCAUGAUUCAAUUGGGCAGUGGAUCCCAGAUCCCCAGGUUUGGAUCCUGAUCCUUCAAGAGAGACCUUCUCAAGUCGUGUUUCCAUCCCGUCUCAGAAAUGUGAGCAGUGUCACCGUCAGAGGGAUCUUCACGGAUGGUUCCUCCCUCACACUUCUCAUCUUCACUGUCUUCAGUGGGUCAGUGAUUGACCUGAAAUAAGGCAACAUCCCGAGGGAACUCAGAGGCAAUUUUUAUAGAUUGUAUUCUGUGUCAACCAUUUUUAGUCAUUGUGUACAUAUUUAUAUAACUUUUGCAACUUAUCAUUUUAUGUUGACAAAAAUCUUUUUUGAUUUAUAGUCAUAGAGAUGUACAGCACGGAAACAGACCCUUUGGUCCAACCCGUCCACGCCGACCAGCUAUCCCAA